AUGUCACUUCGUUCAUCAUCAUCAUUUUCAAGUUUUAAAAGCUCCUUAUCAAGUCGUUUCUUAUCAAGUUCCAGCGGUUCUUCAUCUGCAUCGAGCAGUUUAUUUUUAUCAAGCUCUGAUAGUUCUUCAUUAUCAAGCACUGAUAGUUCUUCAUUAUCAACCUCUGAUAGUUCUUCAUUGUCAAGCUCUGAUAGUUCUUCAUUAUCAAGCUCUGAUAGUUCUUCAUUAUCAACCUCUGAUAGUUCUUCAUUAUCAAGCUCUGAUAGUUCUUCAUUAUCAAGCUCUGAUAGUUCAUUAUCAAGCUCUGAUAGUUCUUCAUUAUCAAGCUCUGAUAGUUCAUUAUCAAGCUCUGAUAGUUCUUCAUUAUCAAGCUCUGAUAGUUCUUCAUUAUCAAGCUCUGAUAGUUCUUCAGUAUCAAGCUCUGAUAGUUCUUCAUUAUCAAGCUCUGAUAGUUCUUCGUUAUCAAGCACUGAUAGUUCAUUAUCAAGCUCUGAUAGUUCUUCAUUAUCAAGCUCUGAUAGUUCUUCGUUAUCAAGCACUGGUAGUUCAUUAUCAAGCUCUGAUAGUUCUUCAUUAUCAAGUCCUGAUAGUUCUUCAUUGUCAAGCUCUGAUAGUUCUUCAUUAUCAAGUUCUGAUAGUUCUUCAUUGUCAAGCUCUGAUAGUUCAUUAUCAAGCUCUGAUAGUUCUUCAGUAUCAAGCUCUGAUAGUUCUUCAUUAUCAAGCUCUGAUAGUUCUUCGUUAUCAAGCACUGAUAGUUCAUUAUCAAGCUCUGAUAGUUCUUCAUUAUCAAGCUCUGAUAGUUCUUCGUUAUCAAGCACUGAUAGUUCAUUAUCAAGCUCUGAUAGUUCUUCAUUAUCAAGCCCUGAUAGUUCUUCAUUAUCAAGCACUGAUAGUUCUUCAUUAUCAAGCACUGAUAGUUCUUCAUUAUCAAGCACUGAUAGUUCUUCAUUAUCAAGCUCUGAUAGUUCUUCAUUAUCAAGCACUGAUAGUUCUUCAUUGUCAAGUUCUGAUAGUUCUUCCUCUACUGUCAUUAUUUCUUCCUCAAUUCUUCUUCUAAGUUCAAAUAGUUCUUUCUUAUUAAGUUCAAGCAGCUACUCCUUAUUUGUUUCAACGUCCAGCUUGUCGAGUUCCACCUCUGGUAGCUUCAGUUCAGAGUUCCUCCUUGAAGGAAUUGUUUUGAAGAAUGUGUUUAGCGGAACGAUGAGUGAUAUAUUUCUUGCAUUUAUUGCCAACUAA